CAGUCCCUGAAGGGCUCGUUCUCAGCUGCUGUGACAUGAGUAAGGGAGCACACUCCACAAGAGGACACUAAAUGUUCUGUCGCUUUUGCUGCAAGGAGAGGAGACUGCAUUAAUGGUGCUGCAGGAGACCUCCAGCAGGCAGGUUGCAGCUCCAAGGGCAAGGAGCACCACAUCUCCUACAGGUGGAUAGCUGCCGAUGUUGACUUAAGAGUGCGUGGAGCAGGAGAUAAGCACUGCCCUGCUGUUGGGGCCCAGCGGAGCCGUGCAUCUCACUCCGUGCACCACGCUUCUCACCUGGGGCUCCUGCUGCAGGGCUGGGAGCCAGGGCAAACGCCACGCAACACUGGCAUGCGUCAUCCAGCCCCUUGGCUUUGGGCAGGGGCAGCAGCCACAUCCCCGGGGGACAGCAGGAGGAGCACACCUCUGCAGCCAGCCCUGAGGUGUGGGGAGCAGCACAACUCCUGCCUAAGCAGGAUUGAGGGAAGGAGAGCCACAAGACCACCAAGCACUGAAGAGGAGGACCACUGCAGACACACCAGAGGAAAGCGAUGAAGGACAACGUGCACCAAAGUCCAGUGUGAGAGAGACAAUCAGCUCACAACCAUGAACCAGCCAACCUCAGCUGCCACGGAACUGCCUACGCUGCAGGGGAACACAGCCUUUGGGGUGGCAGACAUCAUCGUUGUGGUUGCUUACUUCGUCUUUGUCCUUGCCAUUGGGAUAUGGUCAUCAAUACGAGCAAGCCGGGGGACCAUUGGAGGCUAUUUUCUUGCUGGACGAUCCAUGACUUGGUGGCCUAUUGGAGCAUCGCUGAUGUCCAGCAAUGUGGGCAGUGGCUUAUUCAUCGGUCUGGCGGGCACUGGAGCAGCUGGGGGCCUUGCUGUUGGGGGCUUUGAGUGGAACGCUACCUGGGCACUUCUGGCUCUUGGCUGGAUCUUUGUGCCUGUCUACAUUGCAGCAGGAGUAGUCACCAUGCCCGAGUACCUGCAGAAGAGAUUUGGAGGGCAGAGGAUACAAAUCUACAUGUCCGUACUGUCCCUCAUUCUCUAUAUAUUCACCAAGAUAUCCACAGACAUUUUUUCCGGAGCAUUGUUCAUUCAAAUCUCUUUGGGCUGGAACCUCUACUUGUCCACUGUAGUCUUGCUAGCAGUGACUGCUGUCUACACCAUAGCUGGUGGUUUAACAGCUGUGAUAUACACAGAUGCGCUACAGACCCUGAUUAUGGUGCUGGGAGCUUUGGUCCUUAUGUUCAUAGGAUUUGAAAAGGUUGGGUGGUAUGAAGGGCUCCAGGAGAAAUACAGCACAGCAAUACCGAAGAUCAUAGUCCCAAACACGACCUGCCACCUCCCACGUGCAGAUGCCUUUCGUUUGUUAAGGGACCCAGUCACAGGAGACAUUCCUUGGCCUGGCCUUAUAUUUGGCCUCUCUGUGUUGGCUCUUUGGUGCUGGUGCACUGAUCAGGUAAUAGUCCAGAGGUCUCUCUCUGCCAAGAAUCUCUCCCAUGCCAAAGGCGGAUCUGUGCUGGGAGGAUAUCUGAAAAUCUUCCCUAUGUUUUUCAUCGUCAUGCCAGGAAUGAUCAGCAGAGCUCUUUACCCAGAUGAAGUGGGCUGUGUGGACCCAGACAUCUGUAGAAGGGUCUGUGGAGCUGCAGUGGGUUGUUCCAACAUUGCCUACCCCAAACUCGUGAUAGAACUCAUGCCUGAUGGGCUCCGGGGUUUGAUGAUUGCUGUGAUGAUGGCGGCCUUGAUGAGUUCCCUCACCUCCAUUUUCAACAGCAGCAGCACUCUCUUUGUUAUAGACAUCUGGCAGCGGAUCCGCAGAAAGGCUUCGGAGCAGGAGCUGAUGAUUGUGGGCAGAGUCUUCAUCCUCAUCCUCAUAGUCAUCAGUAUUCUCUGGAUCCCGAUCAUUCAAUCAGCUAACAGUGGCAAACUCUUUGACUACAUUCAAUCCAUAACCAGCUAUCUAGCCCCACCGAUCACAGCUCUCUUCAUCUUGGCAAUCUUCUGCAAAAGGAUUAAUGAGCCUGGUGCUUUCUGGGGCCUCAUGUUUGGGCUAGUUGUUGGUCUCAUUCGGAUGAUCAUCGAGUUUAUUUAUAGCACACCAUCUUGUGGUGAGGAGGACAGAAGACCAGCUGUGCUAAAGGACUUGCACUAUCUCUACUUUGCCCUCAUCCUCUGUUCCCUCACUGCAAUUGUCAUUGUCCUUAUCAGUGUCUGCACCCCACCGAUCCCUGAAGAAAAGCUCGCUUGCCUGACGUGGUGGACAAGACACAGAAAAGCACCUGCCAUUGACCUGAAAAAUAACCAAAAUGAAGAAGCACAGAUCAAUCCAGCCAAUGGAGAGAGUGACUUGGACGAAGGUGCAGAUUCAGUUGAUAAGGAGGAGGCAGCAGCCAAGAUUCCCUGCUGGAAAAUGCUGUACUUGUGGUUCUGCGGUCUGUCCACUGGCCCCACACCCACCCUGUCCCAGGAGGAGAGAGCUGCCCUGGAGCUGAGACUCACCAGCAUUGAGGAAAAGCCGCUGUGGAAGACUGUUUGCAAUGUUAAUGCUAUUCUCCUGCUGACCCUUAAUGUCUUUCUGUGGGCAUAUUUUGGCUGAGGUGCAACGGAUCCAUGCGCUCUGCUCCUUGAUUUCAAUUGCUGUGAAGGAGGCAAGGAACAUCUGGAAUGGUCCUUCUCACUGCAGUUCCAGAGUCCUCUCUGCAAGACACUUUACAUAUACAUAAUCUCCAGGUCGUAUGUUAUACACAGGUUCAUCCAAAUCCCUACUUUGCAUCUCAGCCUUGUGUUUUUCAAUCUUUUGGAGUUGUUUGUGCUAUGCCACCAUGUAGGAGGUCAUAAUUUCAUACGCAAAUAGAGACUUAUCUGUCGUACUAAUUCUGAGACAAAAUGUGGUCCCCUAUCAGGAGACAUAGUUGCUGGAACCCAAAAGUGUGGUAUUAUCUCCUGUAUUAAUGUUCUGGUUAUCUCCUUGUUCUAGUAGGGAAUGCCUCUGGCCAACCUGAAAAGGUACCAGUUAAUACCAAUAAGUAUCAACAUCCCCCCUGUCUUGGGAGUCCUGAGAAAUCAAUCUGCCAUUAUUGCCCAGGCCCGUUGCCUCUUCCAAUUUGGCCCAUUCCUGGUUUCGGGUAAUUUGGGGAUUAGUCUGGAGGCAAAGGUCACACUGCUGAGCCACUUGUCUCACAAUGGUGUAUAAAUUUCUAGCUGCAAUCCCUUUAAUUAGGUGUUUAUAUAAAGCUUCUGUCCCCCUAUCUCUCUUCCUGUCUUCUUCCCUCAUCAAAGGCCGUGUUAAAUAGGGGGAAUGAUUAGUUUCCCUUGUGGAGCGGGGACCCACCCCUCUUUACUAUAUGACCCUUCCAGGUCUAUUAUAAAUUUCUGAUUAUCUGAUCUUCCUUGGUAUAUUCUGGCUUACCUUCUACAGAGAUUCGCCUGUCAGGGAUCAAAGCCCCUUUUGGUUUUAUCUCACCUUUGGCUGCCAGUUUUGCCUCUCUGUCCACCAGCUCAUUUCUUCUCCCCAAUUCUGAAUUCAAUUUCUAGUGCGCCUUGAUGUGCAUGAUUGUCACUUUCUCAGGUAUGGACUGCUGGACUGCUUCCAGCAGUCUCAGGAUCCCUCUGCAUACUUGAUGGUUUUGCCCUGGCAUGUCUUUUAUUGCUUAAGACAUAGCUGUUUCCAUCCAUGAACCAGCCUUCAGUGUCUUCCAUGGGACUGUCUUUCAGGUCCAAACGGCUCAAGUAUGUGGCCUCGAUGGUCUCUAAGCAGUCCUGGUGCACUGGUUCUCCUGUAUGUCCACUGAGAAAAGAAGCUGGGUUGAUGAUGUUAGUAACCACAAUUCCCAUAUCAUGUUCCAACAUUAUAGCUUCGUAUUUUAGGAACCUUUGUGGAGAAAACCAGUGCCCACCUUUUGCUUCCAGACAUUAACACAGUCAUUUUCUGGUCCCAGGGUAAAUCUUCGUGCCUCCUGGAUGUUUAGCACGAGCUGAAACCGCUCGUAAACAGCCAGGCCCUAGGGUAAUCCCUUGCUUCUCAUGAGAGAAGAGGAAAAAUGGCUUACUCACAUCUGUAAGUCCUAAGUCCGGGGCCGACAUCAGGGCUUUCUUCAGCUGUUCAAAGGCUUGCACAGCCUCUGCGCUCUGUUGGAGGUAUUUCUGUUUGGCGGUGGUUAGUGCAUACAGGGGUUUAACAAGCAGUCCAUAGUUAUAGAUCCAUAGCCAACACCAUGCCAAGAAAGUUCAUAACUCUUUCACUGUUUACAGUCUCAGACUUUGAUAUAUUGCCUCUUUUCAGGCCUGUCCCAAAGUUCUUUGUCCAGCGCUGAUUUCAUAGCCCAAAUAGAUCACUUCGUGUUGCAUUAUUUGGGCCUUCUUUUAGAUACCCGCUAUCCCUGGAGCCCCAAAAAGUUUAACAGACUCACCAUCCAGGUCAUGCAAGCGUUGUCUUGGUGGCAAUCAGGGUAUCAUCUACAUAUGGCAACAGUCUCCCUUCCUCAGGUGGGGCUUCCAGGCCUCAAAAUCCUUUGCAAGUUGAUUACCAAAUAUCCAGGUGAGUUGAGCUCUGCACCUGCUUUCAAGGUUUUCCCAUUCAAAUGCAAAUAUUUUCUGGCUGGCUUCAUGGAGAGGGAGGCAAAAGUAGGCAUCCUUCAGGUCUAAAACAGUAAGUCAGGUUAGUUCAGGUAUUAAUACAGUUAAUAGGGUAUAUGGAUUUGCCACCACAUGGUAAAGGGUUUGGUUAUUUUAUUUACAACCCACAAGUCCCAGGCACAUCGGUGGACCAUACCUCGCAGUAUACCUGGUUAGUGAUUUCUUCACUGAUUUUUCCUUCUGUGGGAACACUGACUAAGGAUAAACCCAUUAUUUGUAUAUACUGCUGGUCAUCUACCUCCAGAGUAGUCUCUCCCUUUUCAAAUUUGAUUAUUGCACCCAAUUGUUCUAAUAAAUCUCUCCCAAAAGUGCCUUCGGGGAGUUGGGCAUAUACAAGAAUCUGUGGAUGCCCCAUUGUAUUCCCAGUUUAGAAGUUCACAAAAAUAUACCUUUUCACUUUGGCCAGUUGCCCCUUUUUGUAGUCAUUUCUUAGGGACAUCAAAUCUUAGUUCAAAACCGAAUAUGUUGCCUCUGUGUCAACUAAAAUUCUACUUUCUUCUCCUCUUUCCCUGGCUUCAUUAUAACUAUUGAAUCCACUAGGGUGGAUUCCCCACGUCCAUCCCUGUCAAUCUUCCUUCACAUGAGCCACUAUUCCUCUUUUAGACUGGCCCAAAAUAAAAACCUUGUUGUUGUAUUCCUACCCUUGACCCAGGAUCCAGCAGUGUAUUGCGGCACAUUAUAUCCCUCAGUCAAUUUAGAAAUUCAGAUGGUGAUUUAGAGGGACCUUGUUUACUUGUUUGGGAAUGGCCCUUUUCAUUCCCUUUGAGAUUUACUUCUGAUAUACCUGUAAAUUUUCUAUAUGUUUAGAUCUGUCUGGAUCCCACAUUGGGUCUUGGAUGGGAAAUACUCUUUCCAAAUC